GAACCUGACUACAUCAAACUAUUUUGCGGGAAAAAAAUAGCUGAAAUAUAUAUUAAGAAAAUUACUUUCGGAAAAAAGGAAAAGAAAAGUAAAAUUAAUCGGCUAGAGUGGAUCGACACGGCAUUACAUUCAGUCGUUCACCUCCCAUCGCCGAUCAACUGUGUGUACAUACAUAUAUACAUACAUGAUUCUGAUCCACGUUUGAUUUAUCCCAGGGGAUGAGAUACUGAGUUGAGCUUGAAUUGCUUGGUAACUCCAGAUUUUAUUUGGAGUGAGGCAAGUGAGGAGUUGCAUGCAAUUAAGUCUGCGAUCAUGAAACGCUGUGUAUAUAUCAAUGACGACGAUGACUUAUCACAUGAUCUUUAUUGCGAUAAUCGCAUAUCUAAUACUAAGUAUACAUUGCUGAAUUUUCUUCCAAAGAAUCUAUGGGAACAAUUUAGCCGAUUUAUGAACCAGUACUUUCUGUUGAUUGCUUGCCUUCAACUCUGGCCACUCAUAACACCUGUAAAUCCUGCAAGUACAUGGGGGCCACUCCUAUUCAUCUUUGCUGUCUCAGCAUCAAAAGAGGCUUGGGAUGAUUAUUAUAGAUAUCUAUCAGAUAAGAAAGCUAAUGAGAAGCAAGUGUGGGUUGUAAAGAAGGGAGUCAAAAAGCAUAUUCAAGCACAGGACAUUCACGUUGGUAACCUAGUCUGGCUUCGCGAAAAUGAUGAAGUGCCAUGUGAUCUUGUGCUGAUUGGUACUUCUGAACCACAAGGUCAAUGCCAUGUAGAGACAUCUGCUUUAGACGGUGAAACUGAUCUUAAAACACGAGUAAUACCUCCUGCUUGCGCAGGAAUAGAGCUCGAGUUGUUGCACAAAAUCAAGGGUGUGAUCGAGUGCCCACAUCCAGAUAAAGACAUUCGAAGAUUUGAUGCAAAUAUGCGGCUGUUCCCUCCAUUUCUUGAUAAUGACGUGUGUCCUCUAACCAUAAAAAACACUAUCCUGCAAUCAUGUUACCUGCGAAAUACUGAGUGGGUCUGUGGAGUUGCUGUCUAUGCAGGCAAUGAAACGAAAUUGGGGAUGAGUAGGGGUGUUCCAGAACCAAAGCUUACAGCUGUGGAUGCGAUGAUUGACAAGUUGACUGGAGCAAUUUUUGUUUUUCAAAUAGUGGUUGUAAUUGUUCUGGGCAUAGCUGGGAAUAUCUGGAAGGAAACAGAAGCUAGAAAGCAAUGGUAUGUUCUUUAUCCAAAUGCAGGUCCGUGGUAUGAAUUGUUGGUCAUCCCGCUACGGUUUGAGCUGCUUUGUUCCAUUAUGAUACCUAUAUCCAUAAAGGUGUCCUUGGAUCUGGUAAAAAGCACAUAUGCAAAAUUUAUAGAUUGGGACCAUGAGAUGGUUGACAUCAAAACAGGCACUCCAUCUCUUGCUGCCAAUACAGCAAUAAGUGAGGACCUGGGGCAAGUUGAGUAUAUAUUGACAGAUAAAACUGGAACGCUUACCGAAAACCAAAUGAUUUUUAAAAGAUGUUGUAUUUCUGGAACUUUCUAUGGGAAUGAGAAUGGGGAUGCUUUAAAAGAUGCUAAGCUUCUCAAUGCUGUUUCGGAUGGUUCUCCUGAUGUCAUCCGAUUUCUUACAGUGAUGUCAAUCUGUAACACAGUGAUACCCUUGCACAGCAAAGAUGGAGUGUUGUCAUACAAGGCACAGUCACAGGAUGAGGAAGCUCUUGUUCGUGCUGCUGCCCAGUUGCAUCUGGUUUUUGUCAAGAAGAAUGCGAAUAUUCUUGAGAUAAAUUUCAAUGCUUCCUUGCUACAAUAUGAAUUGCUGGACACCCUGGAAUUCACUUCUGAUAGGAAAAAAAUGUCAAUCGUGGUUAGAGACUGUCAAAGUGGGAAAAUUUUCCUUUUGUCCAAAGGAGCAGACGAAUCUAUUCUUCCUUGUGCAUGCACUGGACAACAAAUAAGAACCUUCUCCGAAGCUGUAGAACAAUAUGCUCAAUUGGGUCUGAGGACAUUAUGUGUGGCUUGGCGUGAAUUACCAGAGUAUAUAUAUGAAGAGUGGUCAUUGACAUUUAAAGAGGCUAAUAGCACACUGGUUGAUAGAGAGUGGAGAGUGUCUGAGGUUUGCCAGAGACUAGAGGUAGACCUGGAUAUUCUUGGGGUUGCUGCUAUAGAGGAUCGUCUUCAGGAUGGUGUACCUGAAACAAUCGAAACGCUUCGAAAAGCAGGGAUAAACUUUUGGAUGCUAACUGGAGACAAGCAAAAUACAGCCAUACAAAUUGCUCUAUCAUGCAAUUUUGUUUCUCCUGAACCCAAAGGCCAGCUUCUGCUUAUUAAUGGCAAAACAGAAGAUGAGGUAUGUCGAAGUCUAGAGAGAGUUCUCCUCACAAUGCGAAUAACAAACUCAGAAGCCAAGGAUGUGGCUUUUGUUAUUGAUGGCUGGGCUCUUGAAAUUGCACUAAAGUAUCACCGAAAAGCAUUUACAGAAUUAUCAAUUUUGUCCAGGACAGCUAUAUGUUGUCGUGUUACACCAUCUCAAAAGGCACAGCUUGUGGGGCUCCUAAAAUCAUGCGACUAUCGAACCUUGGCUAUUGGUGAUGGGGGGAAUGAUGUAAGGAUGAUACAACAAGCUGAUAUUGGGGUUGGCAUUAGUGGAAGAGAGGGAUUGCAAGCUGCAAGAGCAGCUGAUUAUAGCAUUGGAAAGUUCAGGUUUCUUAAAAGAUUAAUACUGGUCCAUGGACGAUACUCUUAUAAUCGUACAGCUUUUCUGUCCCAGUAUUCCUUCUACAAAUCUCUACUGAUAUGCUUUAUUCAGAUCUUUUUCUCGUUUGUUUCAGGUGUAUCUGGGAGUAGCCUGUUCAAUUCUGUCAGUUUGAUGGCUUAUAAUGUUUUUUAUACAAGCAUUCCUGUUCUAGUUAGUGUGCUUGACAAAGAUCUUAGUGAAAAAACUGUGAUGCAACAUCCUCAAAUAUUAUUUUAUUGUCAAGCAGGAAGGCUUUUGAAUCCUAGUACUUUUGCUGGAUGGUUUGGCCGGUCACUUUUCCACGCAAGUGUUGUAUUUUUAAUUACUAUCCAUGCAUAUGCGAAAGAGAAAAGUGAGCUUGAGGAGGUCUCCAUGGUGGCACUUUCUGGAUGCAUUUGGUUGCAGGCUUUUGUUGUUGCAGUAGAGACCAAUUCCUUCACUGUAUUGCAACAUCUUGCCAUAUGGGGAAACCUGCUUGGAUUCUACAUUAUCAACUUCAUUAUUAGUGCUGUGCCAUCAGCAGGGAUGUACACAAUAAUGUUCCGCCUCUGUGGACAGCCAUCCUACUGGAUUACUAUGUUUCUCAUCGUUGUCGCAGGGAUGGGUCCAGUUUUAGCACUGAAGUACUUCAGGUAUACAUAUAGAUCAAGUAAAAUUAACAUACUCCAACAAGCUGAACGUAUGGGAGGGCCUAUCUUGUCAUUGGGUAGUGUAGAGAAUCAACAAAAAUCGCUGGAGAAAGAUGUUUCUGCAUUAUCAAUCUCUCAACCAAAGAGCAGAAGUUCGGUAUAUGAACCUCUUCUUUCAGAUUCCCCAUCUGCCACAAGACGAUCAACUCAUUUAGAUUCCCCAACUGCCACAAGACGAUCAUUUGGAAACACAGAUUUCCGUCCAAGAAACCACAAGGACAACUGAAAUAUACAUAGCAAUUAACCUGACAUCAACCAACACAAUUGUAGCGGAAACUCUGUUAAAGUAGAGUUAUUUCUCUCGAGCUGACUAUAUUAGGUAAGUAUAUAUAUAAGGGAAAGCAAAGUUUUGAGGAGUUUGCUUGUAUUAGCUUCUGCAAUGUAAUUCCACAAAUCUACAACAGCUAAUUGUCUACUUGGGAGGGAUAUAUAAGAGCGCUCAUUUAUUGAAGAACUUUUGUGUUAUGUUCUA